AUGGGAAAAAGCAAAGUUUUGAUCAUUGGGGGUACAGGUUACUUAGGGAGGAGAUUGGUUAAGGCAAGUUUAGCUCAAGGUCAUGAAACAUACAUUUUACAUAGGGAGGAAAUUGGUGUUGAUAUUGAUAAAGUUGAAAUGCUAAUAUCAUUCAAAAUGCAAGGAGCACAUCUUGUACCUGGUUCUUUCAAGGAUUUGAACAGUCUUGUGGAGGCUGUGAAGCUGGUCGACGUAGUAAUCUGCGCGAUUUCUGGCGUGCAUAUUCGGAGUCAUCAGAUUCUGCUUCAACUUAAGCUUGUUGAAGCUAUUAAAGAGGCUGGAAAUGUUAAGAGAUUUUUACCGUCUGAGUUCGGAAUGGAUCCCGGAAAAUUAAUGGAUACGGCCAUGGAUCCCGGAAAGGUGACGCUUGAUGAGAAGAUGGUGGUAAGGAAAGCAAUUGAAGAGGCUGGGAUUCCUUUCACCUAUGUCUCUGCAAAUUGCUUUGCAGGCUAUUUUUUGGGAGGUUUAUGUCAAAUUGGAAAAAUUCUUCCUUCUAGAGAUGUUGUCACUAUAUAUGGAGAUGGCAAUAAAAAAGCAAUAUAUAACAAUGAAGAUGAUAUAGCAACCUAUACCAUCAAAACAAUUGAUGAUCCAAGAACCCUCAACAAGACAAUCUACAUUAGUCCUCCCAAAAAUAUUCUUUCACAAAGAGAAGUUGUCCAGACAUGGGAGAAGCUUAUUGGGAAAGAACUGCAAAAGAUUACUCUCUCGAAGGAAGAUUUUUUAGCCUCAAUGAAAGUACUCGACUAUGCUCAGCAAGUGGGACUAAGCCAUUAUCAUGAUGUUUGCUAUGAGGGAUGCCUUACAAGGUUUAAGAUAGGAGAUGAAGAAGAAGCAUCGAAACUUUAUCCAGAGGUUAAGUGUACUACUGUCGAAGACUACCUCAAGCGAUACGUAUGA